AUACUACUUAAUUUAUUCGAGUUAUUACCUAUCUGCUUGGUGGUUACAUUAUUUGAAUUUUCCAAUUUUCUCUCGAUAAUUAACUAUAAAGAGAAAAUAUACUUAAUACUCAUCGUCUUGACCUCUUAGUGUCGUAGUUCGCAGUCUUCUAAAAUUCCUUUAAAUUAUAUUUGUUCGUCCUGUUUAUUUAAAUUAAAAGUAUUUUAUUUAAUUAAAAAUGAGUCUGUGGGCAGAUAAAUAUCGACCAAAUUCGUUACAAAAGGUUGAUUACCACCAGGAUCAAGCUCAGCAUUUAACAAACCUCGUAAAUCAAGGCGAUUUUCCACAUCUACUGUUUUACGGACCUAAUGGUGCUGGAAAAAAAACUCGUAUUUUAGCAUUGUUACGACAACUUUAUGGUCCUGGAGUUGAAAGGUUACGCACAGAACACAUGAACUUCAUGACUCCUUCAAAUAAGAAAUUUGAGAUAAUGACUGUGGCUAGCAAUUAUCAUAUAGAAGUAAAUGCUAGUGAUGCUGGUAUGUAUGACCGCAUUGUAGUUAUGGAGCUCAUAAAAACUGUUGCACAAACUCAUCAAUUAGAUUCAACUAAGCAACGGCACUUUAAAGUAAUUUUAUUAACUGAAGUGGACAGGCUUACUAAAGAAGCUCAACAAGCUUUGCGACGAACAAUGGAAAAAUAUAUGGCUACUUGUCGUAUUAUUUUGUGUGCUAAUUCCAUUGGUCAAGUGAUUCCAGCCAUACGUAGUAGAUGUUUAGCUGUGCGUGUCCCAGCUCCCACUCAUGAAGAUAUUUGUAAAAUAUUAAAAACAAUUUGCAAAAAGGAAGGAUUAACAUUACCGGAUGAAUUGGCAUUAAUUAUCUCUCAGAAUUGUGAACGAAACUUAAGGCGAGCAAUAUUAAUGUUAGAAGCUAGUAAAGUGAAACAGUACCCUUUUGAUGUAAAACAAAGUGUUGUUGUACCAGAUUGGCAACUUUAUAUUGGUGAUACUGCCAAACAAAUAUUAAGCCAGCAAACUCCUGGAAAAUUGCUUGAAGUUCGAUCUAUGCUUUAUGAAUUGAUAGUUCAUGGCAUUCCAACAAAUGUGAUUUUUAAAUUUUUACUUAAAGAGUUGGUGAAAAACUGUGACAUUUCGUUGAAACACGAUAUUGUUGAAAUUGCAUCGUUUUAUGAACAUAGUUUAUUGAAAGGUAAUAAAACCAUGUUUCAUUUAGAGGCAUUUGUAGCCAAAUUUAUGUUACUUUAUUCAAAGUUCAUGGAAGAGUCAUUAAAUGGUAUAUUUUAAUUUGUAUUUCCAAUGUAUAACUUGAUUUCUAUUUACCUUAAAAUAAUUGUAAAAACAACAUUGUACACUUAAUCACUACUCAUUUUUAUAAUAUAAAGGUUGAACAUUUUUUUUUAUUA